AUGACGGUGGUGGUGAGCACAGGGAGGCGCGUGGUCCCCGGCGACGUCGUCUACGCCGGCGGUGCGAGCCGCGGCGCGUGGGACGACGUUGCGGCCGGGGACGGCUGCUGCACACGCCUGGUGGCUGCCGCCGCAUCGGCGGAGGAGGAGCGGCAAAUCAUAGCGACACGGCUGGGCGUCGUGCAGUGGAGCGAGAGUACCGUGUCUGUCCACCGCCCCCUCAAGCGCCGGCGGGAGUCCGCCCACGUCGCGUUGAUAGCCGGCGACGCAUGUGACACCGACGCGCCUUCCGCCUUGGCGAAGUCGGCCACAGUCUUCGGCCCGCGCCUGGGGGACACGGUGCACCUGCGCGUCGUGCGUGUGUCGCGCGCCUUCGCGUACGGCGAGAUCAUCGCCGUCAACGGCGCGUGGUGCAGCAACGGCGGCGUGGGCGUCGGGCUAGCGGGGUCGUUCCGCGGCGUGGUGCGUGUCGAGGACAUCCGCCCCUUCAGGCCGCGGAAGGACCAGUUGACCCCGCCGCCGCCCUCCGCCGCGUUUCACGCCGGGGACGUUGUCCUCGCGACGGUGCUGUCGCAGUCCGACGUGCGGCAGUUUCAGCUGGGCACGAUGGACGAGCACUGCGGGGUGGUGGAGGCCACCGUCGUGGUGGACCGCGUGCGGCUGCGGCUGCAGCACAUACCCGGCCGCCGCGACGCGAUGCGGAACCCGGCCGAUGGAACCGUCCACUACCGCUGGUGCCCGCUGAUUCACCCCACCGUGGCGUGA